AAAGAUCUAAAAUUAAUGUCUUAUCAUUUAUUGGUAUAUACCUUCUUUUUAGAUUACAAUCCAUUUAGUGUACCCAUCUGUUCACUGUCAUCUUCGUCGUUAUCUAACUUCUCCCGUAAUGCCUGUAUUAGGAAAACUCCUGUUUUACGGCCAAGGAAUUCUGUUCAUCAGAAACACAUAAAUAGUUCUUUGUAUCAACUAGACAGCUUAUCUCAUUCUAAUCUUCAGCCUAAAUCUCAAGAAAGUUUACCAUCUAGUAAGAAAAUGGCACAAAUCAGCAGCCCGGAAACUGACAUUGAAAUACUUUUUGAUGCUAACGAAAAAGCUGACACAGAAGCCAGUGAUGUAGUUAUUGUGUCAGAAAUCCCUACUGAAAAGCGACGUUCCUGUACAGUGUCACCACGUCAAACAUCAAGAACUUCUAGAUUGUGUCGUAAUAAAAUACAAGCACCUGAAGUUAAAGGGACAGAGGAAGUUCAAAUCUCUGUUCAGAAACCUGCAAGAAAAAGCUAUACAGCUCAUGAGGUAGUGAGGUUACAAGAAAAGGCACAGUAUCAGCUUUUGUUAGAGAGAUACACCAAAGGUUCUCUUUAUCAUCCACGUGUAAAGCCUCAUUCUGGUACAGAUGUUUCUGACUUCAGAGAUGAAUCUUUGAAAAAUGAUAUUGCACCUGAAAGUGUUGAUAAGUUCCUACAACAGUAUCAUAGAUCAAUUCAUUCAGCAAAGGAAAAAACCAGUUCACCAUCAAAACAGUCAUCUAGGAAAAGAGAUAGUAAAGCAGAGGGUGAUGAUUAUGAUGAGAUUAAAAUCUUGGAAGUCAAAUUACCCGAAUACAAGCCUGUCAUGAAAACUAAAUCAGAUUUCUUUUCAUCUGAAUGGAUAGCUGAGCUUAAGGAAACAGUGAAUUCCGAAACUGAAGAGCGCCUUAAAUUAGUUGCUGAGCGUGAGCGUCAGUUGGAACAAUAUCGAAAAGAGAGGGCUGCUAAGUAUGCUGCUGAAAUGCAAGAGAGGGAUCAACUUAAACUCACUACAGGUGUGCAUCCUAAUAUUGCAGUUGAAGAGGAAGUUGAAUUCUUAGAAAUGACACCUGAAAUGGAAGCAUUUGUUGAAAAAGCUUUAGCCGUUACUUCACCUGACGCUAAACUUGGCAGUGUUCUUGGAACAACUAUCUUUCGAAAAGACAUAGAAACUUUGUCUGGCUUGAACUGGUUAAAUGACCAGGUAAUAAAUUCCUACGUGGCUCUGAUAGCCGAAAGGUGUAAAUCAGGCAUUUAUCUGCCUGUAUAUUGUUACAAUUCUUUCUUUUAUACUAACUUAAAAGCUAAAGGUUAUAGUGGUAUCAAAAGAUGGACUAGAAAAGUUGACAUUUUUUCUUAUGCCCUCAACAUAGUGCCUCUACAUGUUGAUGUGCAUUGGUGCCUAGCCGUGAUUGACCACAGGGCUAAAACCAUAUCAUAUUAUGAUUCUAUGACACUACUUGAACCAAAUUGUGUGGAUAUUUUAAGUGAUUAUUUGAUUAAAGAAAUGAAAGAUAAAAAGGGCAAAGUUCUUGAGGAAGGAGUUUACUCUAAAAGAAUAGUAAAGGAUAUUCCUAUGCAAAUGAAUGGCAGUGAUUGUGGCAUGUUUACUCUAAAAUAUGCAGAAUAUCUUGCAAGAGAUGCAAAGCUAACAUUUUCCCAAAAACAUAUGGCACAUUUCAGGCGGCGGAUGGUAUACGAAUUAUUGACAAAUCAGAUACUAUGAGGUCUGGUUCAAUGUUUUGUACAUUUAUACUCAACAUGCAGCUGUGCAUUGUACAUAAGAUGUGGACAUUAAGGAGAGCCUCCCGAAAAAGAAAGAGAUCUAAUUUUGUAUUGCGAUAAUAGAAUUAUCAUAAUAAUUUGUUCAGUUUUAUUAUUUCCAAUCCUAAAUUUGAAACCUUGUGUAAUGUACAUAAAGGAAAUGUGUACUGUGAAUCUGUUGUAAAAAAUCAUAUAGGCAUUAAAUUUGGAAAAAUCAUUUUUCAAAAGACUUUUGAAGUUUGUACCAUAUUGUUUCAAUUAACUCAUGUAGAUGCUUUUGGUACUAAUAUCAUUUCAUAUGAAACACUAGUUAUGCAAAAGAUUUCAACUAGUUAAAUAUAUUUUGGCAUGUUUUCACUGCAAGAAAUAAUUUCAAACAAUUUUUAAAUAAUAUACUUAGUUCUGAGUCACUUUUGAUUUGUAUUUUAAUUCUUUGAUGUUUUAAUUAUUAUAAAAGACAUAAUUGAGCGAUUGGCUAUAAUGUAUUAAGUGUGUGCCAAAUAGAGUAUCUUAUUUAUUUUUAAAUAUCAGAAAAUACUGCAUAAACGUUUUUAAAUCAUGGAAAUAUACUAUAUUCACCUAGUUUAAAUUCCUUUAUAUUCUUCAAUAAUUUAAUUCUUCCAAAGUGUGACCAUUUUAAACAUUGUGAAAUAUUUUGAUUAUGUUCCCUUCAGACCUCUAUGACUACAUUAAAUAAGCAUGUUUGUAAAUAUAUCAUAUUUAUAUUUUGCAUUUCGUAUGUGUCCCCCCUCUUUGUUUAUGUAUUUACUAAGUGAAAUAUUUCUGAACAAUUAUGUUAUAUUUAAUAAUGAUUUCAAGCAUUUUUAAUUCUAAGUAUCUAAAACUUAAAUUAUGUAAAUUGUUGCAAACAUUCUAGUUUACUUCAUUUUUGGGUUCUCAUAAAUAAAGAAUAGUAAUAAUU